AAUAGAUACUUAUAUUCGGAUUUAAUAGCCAAGAAAUGUCAAUCUCUGAUCGAUCUUUUCCUGCCUAUGUAAAUCAACGUAUUUAUUGUUCUAUCUAUCUUUUGCAUUCCCAACCCUUUCCCACCAGUCUGCCUACCUCUAUCGAUCCUAACAUCAUACCGAGGAAUUAUCAAUAACUUAUGUACUUAUUACCAUGAACCCCUCCUACGAUCCAGCCAUGAAUCCAGAUUCGCCAGCCCCACUACGCGAUAAUUUAUCCACCUUCUCAUCUACUAUUCAUGAUUGCGCCCCUAUACUGUCUUUCCACCCGCAGCAGCUACCAAUGGAAUUCUUAGACGGCUCGUCGGAGUAUCAGGAAAUGGCCCAGGACAGCCUUGCAGAUGCGGGUUAUGUCGCUGGCUCCGACCUUCCUAGAUAUUUAACAAUGCCCAUAGACCUCAAUUAUCAACAAAUUAUCUCCCCUACCGAAGAUCAUAACAAUGCAAUCCAAACACCACAGCCCGAAAGGGACAGCGAGGAAAAGGACAACGAGAAGUACAACGGGGGUGAUAUUUUUAAGAAAGACAAUAAGAAACCUGUGAUGACAAACAGUCGUCGGUCGUCCGGAUCGAGUAACAAAUUCACUAGCGAUGAGUCUGGAAUCGACAAGCGAGAGCGGAACCGCAUGGCAGCCUCGAAAUGUCGAAAGAAACAGAAGCUAGCCAAUUCCGAACUGCAGGAAAAGGCACGCAUCAUGAGCGAACGGCACAAUUACCUGAUCGCGCACAAAGCCUCCCUCGAAUCGGAGACGAUCAGCUUGAAGAACGAGCUAUUGAUGCACGGGAGCUGCGGCUGCGAGCCCAUUUCCGACUACCUCAUGCAGGCCGCGAGGAAGUUUGUCAAAGGACAAGAGGAAGUGCUUCAGGGGAUGCAGAAGACGACGGGUGAAGAAUUAUGUGAGCGAACGCCUUCUUCCACCUCUCGCGAGCCUUGUAUACUAUGACAAGACCGGCUACGUGUAACGAUGACGAAUGAUGACCUACGAGCUUGCAGAAAAGGAUAGUGUUGCCUAUG